AUGCUGGGGCCCUGCCUGGGCCUCUGGGUCUGCACCCUGGGCUGUGCGGUCCACGCCUAUCCCAACACGUCCCCGCUGCUGGGCUCCAGCUGGGGCGGCCUGACCCACCUGUACACGGCCACGGCCAGGAACAGCUACCACCUGCAGAUCCACAGGGACGGCCACGUGGAUGGCUCACCCCAGCAGACCAUCUACAGCGCCCUGAUGAUCAGAUCUGAGGAUGCGGGCUUCGUGGUGAUAACAGGGGUGAUGAGCAAGAGAUAUCUCUGCAUGGACCUCAGAGGCAACAUUUUUGGAUCUCAUCACUUCAGCCCCGAGAGCUGCAGGUUCCGGCAGCGGACGCUGGAGAACGGCUACGACGUGUACCACUCGCCGCAGCACCGCUUCCUCGUCAGCCUGGGCCGGGCCAAGCGGGCCUUCCUGCCGGGCACCAACCCGCCCCCGUACGCGCAGUUCCUGUCGCGCAGGAACGAGAUCCCGCUGCUGCACUUCGCCACCGCGCGGCCCCGGCGCCACACGCGCAGCGCGCACGACGGCGGGGACCCGCUGAGCGUGCUCAAGCCGCGCGCCCGCGCCACGCCCGCGCCCGCCUCCUGCUCCCAAGAGCGGCCCAGCGCCGAGGACAGCGGCCCUGCGGCCAGCGACCCGCUCGGGGUGCUCCGCGGCCUCCGGCUGGACGCGCGCGCCGGGCCGGGGGGCGCCGAGCGCUGCCGGCCCUUCCCCAGCUUCGCUUAG